AUGAUAUUCAUACCCAUGUAUCUGGCAGUGAACAUCAAGUAUGGACCGGAAGUUGCAAAGGAACUGACUCCAUUGUGGAUAUGUGGGCCCCUUCUUGUAGCUCUUUACAUCAAGAUUCUUCAUGGGCUAUGCUUGCUCUACAUUUACAGCUUCAAGCAAUCGGUGAAAGUAGUGAAGGAUUUGCCUGUUUAUUAUGAUUAUGUGAUUCAUGAAAAGCUGAAAGAAGCCAUAAAUGGAAGCCUGUGGUGGAGUUUAGGAAAGGCAUAUGGAAAAAAUUUCAAGAAUGGGCAGUGGAUAAGUAUUUGGACUACAUUGAAUCCAUAUGGCCUCAUUAUUGCAAACUGA